UCCUCCUUCCUCGAAGUUGCUCGCCUGCGAGAGAGGGAGGGGAAGCGAGGGCUGAAGCUUCUGAAUCGCCGGGCGGGAAGUUUCGCGGCUUCUCUCUCUCUCUCUCUCUCUCUCUUUCGUCAUCAAUUCCGGAACCGUUCGUUGUCCGUCAGUCAAAAAGCCCGGAAUGGACACGAAGGUCAUAUCCUCCGGGAAGCACUACAGCGCCCUGCCGGCGAGCUACGUACGGCCAGAAUCCGAGCGCCCCAAGCUCUCCGAGGUCUCCACCUGCGAGAACGUCCCCGUCAUCGACUUGAGCUGCACCGACCGAGCCCGAAUCGUGAAGGCCAUAGCCUACGCCUGUUCCGUCUUCGGCUUCUUCCAGGUUGUGAACCACGGGGUGUCGAAGGAGGCGGUGGCGGAUAUGCUGCGAGUGGCGACAGAGUUCUUCAGCUUGCCGGUGGAGGAGAAGCUGAAGCUCUACUCUGACGACCCUUCCAAGACAAUGAGACUGUCCACGAGCUUCAACGUCAACAAAGAGAAGGUCCACAACUGGCGAGACUAUCUAAGGCUCCAUUGCUAUCCCCUCGAGAAGUAUGUCCCGGAAUGGCCUUCGAACCCCUCUUCAUUCAAGGAUGUUGUGAGUAAUUACAGCAAGGAAGUGAGAGCGCUAGGAUACCGAAUCGAGGAGCUGAUAUCGGAGAGCCUGGGCUUGGAAAGCCCUCGCGUGCCCCGGGUGUUGGGCGACCAAGGACAGCACAUGGCCGUGAACUUCUACCCGCCGUGCCCCGAGCCGGAACUCACCUACGGGCUCCCGGGCCACACGGACCCCAAUGCGCUCACCAUCCUCCUCCAGGACUUGCAGGUCACGGGCCUUCAGGUCCUCAAGGACGGCAAGUGGCUCGCCAUCCAGCCCAUCCCCGACGCCUUCGUCAUCAACAUCGGCGAUCAACUGCAGGCACUGAGCAACGGGAAGUACAGAAGCGUGUGGCACCGGGCGGUCGUCAAUGCUGACAAGCCGAGGAUGUCGAUUGCCUCAUUCCUCUGCCCGAGCGAUGACGCGCUGAUCAGCCCACCAGAAUCACUGGUGGAGGAGGGAUCUGUAGCUGUGUACAGGGACUUCACGUAUGCAGAAUAUUACAAGAAGUUCUGGAGCCGGAACCUGGAUCAAGAACACUGCCUGGAGCUUUUCAAGAACUCGCGCAAUCCGGCAGCAGGAAGCGACACGUCAUCCUCCAUUCUCGAAACGAGUUAGACCCUCCUCGCAGCUCAGGGAGAUUGGACCAACGCAUUUUACUUCUCAAAAUAUCUUCUGCACUAUCUGACAAAGGUGGAGGUCGGUCCUUUAGUUUAGUGAAAGUUUUCAGCUUCGUGAUCCUGAGACCGUCGGCCUCUUUUGCUAAGCUCUAUUUUUCGGACAUGAAAAGUGUUCGACGUUCUCAAUCGACCUCCUCCUCUGCCAGGGAGUGUUGGGAAGAUUUCACGUGUCAACCUCUUUGGUUAAGCUCGAUUUCUUGGUCGAUAUAAUUUAAUUAUUCAGCAACGUCGUGUAUUGUUCUGUCCGUCCUGCUAGCCUGCUACUCAAGGACAUUCAUUUCAGCUUAGCUUAUUUUUGUUUCUCUGUGUUCUUCCCCUUUCUUGAUAUCCAUUUGCUUUGAGAUAAAAAUUCUAAAGUGGUCAUUUUAUGUCUCU